CGUAGGGUAUAAGAACCGCGUCUUCGUCUUCCCUCCAGCCUAGCCGGAUGUACCGCUGACGAAUCUUCCCGAUUGAUUUCCACCGGCAAAUGGUCGUCUCGCCGAGAGUCUUUUGUUCGGGUCAGUCGCUGAUCACCUUUGCGAUUUGAAUCGGAUUUCGUCAAAAGCUUUGUUGGUUUCAUUCAGCUACAGAAAAAGUCUGAUGUUUUUCAUAGAGGGUUGAGAGUUGACGUACAAUCUUUUGACAGUUGCCUGUUUCAGCUAGUGUUGAUUGUUAACUAUGGCAUGGUUUAGAGCUGGUUCUAGUGUGGCAAGACUUGUCAUAAGGAGGACCCUGUCUCAAGGUCGAUACUAUGCAGCUAGAACUCAGGUUCUUCCAUCUAAUAAUCGAUAUUUUCAUAGUACUAUUUUCAAAUCAAAGGCACAAGCUGCACCUGUUCCUUGCCCUGUGCCUCUUUCUAGGCUAACUGACAGCUUCUUAGAUGGAACAAGUAGUGUAUACUUAGAGGAGCUUCAGAGGGCUUGGGAAGCUGACCCAAAUAGUGUUGAUGAAUCAUGGGACAAUUUCUUUAGAAAUUUUGUGGGUCAGGCUGCCACAUCGCCUGGAAUUUCAGGCCAAACUAUUCAGGAGAGCAUGCGUUUAUUGUUGCUUGUGAGGGCCUACCAGGUUAAUGGUCACAUGAAAGCCAAGUUGGACCCGUUGGGUUUGGAAGAACGAGAAAUUCCAGAUGAUUUGAAUCCAGCUCUCUAUGGAUUCACAGAUGCUGAUCUGGAUAGGGAAUUCUUUCUCGGGGUGUGGCGAAUGUCUGGAUUUUUGUCAGAGAACCGACCUGUACAGACCCUUAGAUCCAUAUUGACUCGCCUUGAACAGGCUUACUGUGGAAGCAUCGGGUAUGAGUACAUGCACAUUGCAGAUCGAGAAAAAUGUAACUGGUUGAGAGACAAGAUUGAAACACCAACACCAAUGCAGUACAACAGGCAGCGUCGAGAGGUUAUUCUUGAUAGGCUUAUAUGGAGUACCCAGUUUGAGAAUUUCUUGGCUACUAAGUGGACAACUGCUAAGAGAUUUGGGCUGGAAGGUGGGGAGACUCUAAUUCCUGGUAUGAAGGAGAUGUUUGAUAGAGCUGCAGAUCUAGGGGUUGAGAGUAUAGUCAUUGGAAUGCCCCACAGGGGACGACUAAAUGUGCUUGGUAAUGUUGUCCGAAAACCACUCCGUCAAAUAUUUAGUGAAUUCAGUGGCGGCACAAAGCCUGUAGAUGAAGUUGGCCUCUAUACAGGAACAGGUGAUGUCAAAUACCACUUAGGAACUUCUUAUGAUCGACCAACACGCGGAGGGAAAAGAAUCCACUUGUCUUUGGUUGCAAACCCUAGUCACUUGGAAGCUGUGGAUCCAGUUGUUGUUGGAAAAACCAGAGCCAAACAGUAUUACUCUAAUGAUGUAGACAGGACCAAGAAUAUGGGUAUUUUGAUUCAUGGGGAUGGUAGCUUUGCCGGUCAAGGUGUAGUCUAUGAGACCCUACAUCUUAGUGCUCUGCCAAACUAUACAACUGGUGGGACCAUACACAUUGUAGUGAACAACCAAGUUGCUUUCACAACUGAUCCUAGGUCGGGGAGGUCAUCACAGUAUUGUACUGAUGUUGCUAAAGCUUUGGAUGCUCCCAUUUUUCAUGUUAAUGGAGAUGAUAUGGAAGCAGUUGUUCAUGUGUGCGAGCUUGCUGCAGAGUGGAGGCAAACGUUCCAUUCGGAUGUUGUGGUUGAUUUAGUCUGCUACCGUCGAUUUGGGCACAAUGAGAUUGAUGAGCCAUCCUUCACCCAGCCAAAAAUGUACAAGGUCAUCCGGAAUCAUCCAUCAGCUCUUCAAAUCUACCAAAAGAAUCUGUUGGAAUCUGGACAGGUAAAACAAGAAGAUAUUGAUAAGAUACAACAGAAAGUCCUCUCCAUCCUCAAUGAAGAAUUCCUGGCUAGCAAGGACUAUGUUCCACAACGAAGAGAUUGGCUUUCCGCUUAUUGGGCUGGAUUUAAGUCACCUGAACAAAUUUCACGAAUUCGAAAUACUGGGGUCAAACCAGAGAUAUUGAAGAAUGUUGGCAAGGCAAUCACUGCACUUCCAGAAACUUUUAAGCCUCACAGAGCAGUGAAGAAAGUGUAUGAACAACGUGCUCAAAUGAUAGAAACUGGGGAAGGCAUUGACUGGGCAGUUGGCGAGGCUCUUGCUUUUGCCACUUUGGUUGUAGAAGGCAACCAUGUCCGACUGAGUGGCCAGGAUGUUGAAAGAGGUACAUUUAGUCACCGCCACUCUGUGAUUCAUGAUCAGGAAACAGGGGAGCAAUAUUGUCCUCUGGAUCAUGUGAUAAUGAACCAAGAUCCGGAGAUGUUUACUGUGAGCAACAGCUCUCUUUCAGAAUUUGGUGUUCUUGGAUUUGAAUUGGGUUACUCAAUGGAAAAUCCAAAUGCGCUGGUAAUCUGGGAAGCUCAAUUUGGUGACUUUGCUAAUGGGGCUCAAGUGAUCUUUGAUCAGUUUUUAAGCAGUGGGGAAUCAAAGUGGUUGCGUCAAACUGGACUUGUGGUGUUGCUUCCUCAUGGUUAUGAUGGUCAGGGUCCCGAACAUUCAAGUGCACGAUUGGAACGCUUUCUUCAGAUGAGUGAUGACAAUCCUUUCGUUAUACCUGAGAUGGAUCCAACUCUGCGGAAGCAAAUUCAGGAAUGCAAUUGGCAGGUUGUUAAUGUUACAACUCCUGCUAAUUAUUUCCAUGUUUUACGAAGACAGAUACACCGAGGAUUUAGGAAGCCUCUCAUUGUGAUGGCUCCAAAGAAUUUACUCCGUCACAAGGAAUGCAAAUCAAAUCUUUCUGAGUUCGAUGAUGUCCAAGGACACCCAGGCUUUGACAAGCAAGGAACUAGAUUUAAGCGCCUCAUAAAGGACCAAAAUGAUCACUCUGACCUUGAGGAGGGUAUUAGGCGUCUAGUUCUUUGCUCUGGAAAGGUUUACUACGAGCUUGAUGAAGAACGAAGAAAGGUCAAUGCAAGUGAUAUUGCUGUAUGUAGGGUGGAGCAGCUCUGUCCUUUCCCGUAUGAUCUAAUCCAGCGAGAACUUAAGAGAUAUCCAAAUGCGGAGAUAGUUUGGUGCCAGGAAGAGCCUAUGAAUAUGGGUGCUUAUAGUUACAUUGCACCACGCCUUUGCACCGCAAUGAAAGCACUGGGCAGAGGAACCAUGGAUGAUAUCAAAUAUGUGGGCCGUGCUCCAUCUGCUGCAACUGCCACUGGUUUCUACCAGGUUCAUGUGAAGGAGCAGACUGAGCUCGUCCAGAAGGCAAUGCAACGUGAAACCAUUGCAUGCCCGUAGAGAAUCACUCUAGAACCCGAAUUCAUCUUUAUAUGAUAAAACACACAAAAUUAUAUCAUCUGAGGAGUCAAAAGAUAUAUACUACAAAACUCUCCUAAAGAUGUUGCUAUUUUUUCUUCAACGUUGAUGAUCGGAGAUUGAAUAAAAUUAAAAGCACUGGAAUUACCCUCAUUGAGGGUGAGGGUUUUUUGUUGGCGGGGGAGGUGAAGUCCCUCGGAUGUAAUUUUUGGCUACUGCUCGAGUUUUGUUGUGGUUAUGGAAGUUUGUAACUGGUUUAUGCACAGAUUAUGACUAGCCUUUUUACUGUUUAAAAUCCUGAACCUUUACCUGGUGGAAAACAAAAGGAACCUCCUCAGGGUACUAAUUCUGAUAAAA